GAGCGCGCCCUCGCGUGGACGUGGACGUGGUCGUGGUCGUGGACGCGGGCGCGGGCACGGGCGCGCGGGAGGCGGCGGCAGAGGGCGGCCGUUGCGGGCCGGCCCGCGGGGCUGAGGCCGAGCCGAGCCGGGCCCGCGCACGCCGGGGCCCACCAUGCGGCGGCUGCGGCGCCUGGCGCACCUGGUGCUCUUCUGCCCCUUCUCCAAGGGCCUGCAGCAGGGCCGGCUCCCGGGCCUCAGGGUCAAGUACGUCUUCUUGGUCUGGCUGGGCGUCUCUGUGGGCAGCUGGAUGGUGUACGUGCACUACUCGUCCCACGCGGAGCUCUGCCGUGGGCACGUCUGCCAGGUGGUUAUCUGUGACCAGUACCACAAGGGCAUCAUCUCCGGCUCCAUCUGCCAGGACCUGUGCAACCUGCACAAGGUAGAGUGGAGGACGUGCCUGUCCUCCGUCCCAGGCCAGCAGGACCCCUGUGGCCCCAUGCAGGUGUACAGUGGGCUGUGGCAGGGCAAGGAGGUGACCAUUAAGUGCGGCAUCGAGGAGGGCCUGGACCCCAAGGCCAGGUCGGACCCGGCCCCCCGGCAGGAUCUGGUGCUGUUCGACAAGCCCACUCGGGGCACCUCAAUUAAGGAGUUCCGGGAGAUGACCCUCAGCUUUCUCAAGGCAAACCUGGGAGACCUGCCCUCCCUGCCCGCGCUGGUUGGGCAGGUCCUGCUCAUGGCCGACUUCAACAAGGACAGCAGGGUGUCCCUGGCCGAGGCCAAGUCGGUGUGGGCCCUGCUCCAACGGAACGAGUUCCUGCUGCUGCUGUCCCUCCAGGAGGAGCACGCGUCCCGGCUGCUGGGCUCCUGCGGGGACCUCUAUGUCACCGAGGGGGUCCCACACGGUUCCUGGCACGGGGCCGCUCUCCCGCCCCUCCUGCGCCCGCUGCUGCCCCCCGCCCUGCAUGCAGCCCUGCAGCGGUGGCUGGGGCCCGCGUGGCCCUGGAGGGCCAAGAUCGCCAUCGGCCUGCUGGAGUUUGUGGAGGAGCUCUUCCAUGGCGCCUACGGGACCUUCUACAUGUGCGAGACCACGCUGGCCAACGUGGGCUACACGGCCAAGUACGACUUCAAGAUGGCCGACCUGCAGCAGGUGGCGCCCGAGGCCGCCGUGCGCCGCUUCCUGCGGGGCCGCCACUGCGAGCGCAGCUCGGACUGCACCUACGGCCGGGACUGCAGGGCCCCCUGCGACAAGCUCAUGAGGCAGUGCAAGGGCGACCUCAUCCAGCCCAACCUGGCCAAGGUGUGCGAGCUGCUACGGGACUACCUGCUGCCCGGCGCCCCCGCCGACCUGCACGAGGAGCUGGGCAAGCAGCUGCGCACCUGCACGACGCUGAGCGGGCUGGCCAGCCAGGUGGAGGCCCACCACUCGCUGGUGCUGAGCCACCUCAAGACCCUGCUCUGGAAGAAGAUCUCCAACACCAAGUACUCGUGAUGGCCGGCUCCCAGCCCCCCGCUCCCAACUCCCAGGGGGCUGCCUGGGGCCCCAGAGAGCCACUCCCGCCCUUGGGUCCUCCUCCCUCUUCACCCUGCCACCCAGCAAAGGACAGGACCACAGGAGCUGGAGGCCUGGCCUGCAUCCACCCGCAACGAGCCAGGGAAGGGGUCCUUCCCUCAGCCCCAGACGCCAACCACCCAGACAGGGGAGCCGCAUGGCUGGAAAGGGGGUGGGGGGGCAGGAGCAGCACCAGGAGCCUGACCACAAGGGCUGGCUGAAGGACUCACCCGGGACUCUGUUACUUUGAAGAACGUGUGAUGUAAAUAAACAGCUUUUCUGUGAGUGUCUCUGGGUUCCCUCACGCCACGCUGGAGCCCUGCCUCCCAGACCCGCCCUCAGCCUCCUGAGCUCAGGGGUGGGGGGCUGCUCUUGCCCAGGCUGGACGGAACGCGGCGUGGUCCUCCGGGUCCCCAUCAGCUGGAGAGGCCUCAGCGGGCAUCACAGGUACGCUCUCUCCCAGAGCCACGUUCUGGGGGGCCGGAGGGGUGUGGUCAUAGGAUGCCAGAUGCUGCUGGCGGGUGCUGCAGUUCCAAAGGAAGGGACCGACGGAGAGCCGGGCUCCUCCCGUGCCAGACCCUCUCCUACAGUCCAGCGCGCACGACUUCCACAGAUCCCCAUGAACCACUAGGUGAAAAACCCAUCAUCCAGGAAAGAGCCGAGCAUUCUCCCUGCCUCUCCUCAAGGGGAAGCUGCAGGAGCUGGACACCCGCUUCCCGUGGGGGCCCCACUGCUGAGCCCAGGCUGGUACACUGAAUGGAGAAUGUGCAGGCUGUGACCUACCCCAUGGAGGGGGUCGGCAGGUGGCUCCCUCUGCUUCCAUUCUGGGAAGUGAAAACGCCCAGCAUUGUUUUGACGAAAGGCAAGGUUUCAAAACAUCCACACAAGCAGUCACAGGGUUUAUUAAGAGAUCCCAAACACCAGGAGGCUCAGGGAGCUGGGGGAAGGGCUGCGUCCCCAUCCCAGGUCACGGUGGGCAGGAGAUCCUACUCCUGAAGUCCCUGGGGGCCGCUGACCUUUGCAGGCUUAACUCCCGGUGGUUACAAUGCCUGGGAAAGGCUAUGCGGGAACGCCUGAACAUCACACAGCCAAAUAAGCAGGUGACAGUUCAGGAAAGCGAGCUGCCCUCCUCCCCGCACCCACUGGCGUGGGCAUGCAUGUGCACACACGUACCCACCAGCCUCCUGCUCUGGCCUCAGCUAAUCACACUGUGAGAAAAAACCAAGUAAAGACAGUUUAUUCAACACCAGUCUCAAGUUUUGCCAACAAAGAAACACUUUUAUUGAAAAAUGUAUUCCAAAAUUUCAACUGUAAUACCCAUGUUUUUAGUAUUGAUUCCUAAAACUCAUCCUUACCUACAUUAAAAAAUAACUUUCUGCCCCAUCUAGGUUUUUCUCUCUUGUGGGGUGGGUAAUCCAAAUACAGCACAAAAAACAGUUUAGAAUUGGGACACCGGGGUGACUCUGCCAGUUGAGCGUCCUACUCUAGGUUUCAGCUCAGGCCACGAUCUCAGGGUCGUGGGAUCGAGCCCCACGUCAGGUUCCAGGCUGAGUGUGGACUCUGCUUCAGAUUCUCUCCCCCUCUGUCCACCCCCACCCCCAGCUUAUGCUCUAAAAUAAA